AUGACUCCUACAAUUCUCAUCGCCGGCGCGACGGGGAAUACCGGCCGAAGCGUCGUUGAGACUCUCUCCCGUUUUCUGAAUAAUAGCGAUGCUUCGCCUAAUACCCGCAUCCUUGCUCUUACACGUUCCAUCGAUUCGUCGACAGCCCAGCACCUCGCAAGUCUCCCCACUGUCACAAUGAUCGAGAAGAACUGGGUCGAUAUCAACGCCUCUUGGCUCCGCGAACAGAACGUUAUCAAGGCCUUCAUCGCAUCACACAAUAAUCCGAACCAAUUCGCCGAGGAAUCGACCUUCCAUCAGGCCGCACUGAAGGCCGGCGUACGGUAUGUCGUGCGCAUCUCCACAACGGCUGCCAACGUCCGUCCAGACUCCGAGGCCUACCACCCACGGACUCAUUGGGCUAUUGAGGCCAUGUUGAGUUCGCCGGAAUUUAAAGAACUCAAGUGGACAUCCUUACAACCAAACAUUUUCUUCUCGGGCUACCUAUACAGUGCGGUUGAGUUCGUCAAAGAAUACCGUCAGACGAAGAAACAGGGAACCUUAAAGCUCAUCGCCGACAAGGACGCACCCGUAGGCGCGAUAGACACUGACGACAUUGGCACUUUCGCUGCUCAUCUGCUAUGGUAUCAAGAUCCUUCUCUGCAUAACGGGGCGAAGUAUGUUCUGAACGGACCUACGGAUGUGACUGGUCGAGACAUUGUUCAGUGGGUGGAGGAGGCGAUUGGUGAGCUAGUAGACACCGUCGAGUUUAGGGAUACGUCUCUUGUGGACGCCAUGGUAUUGGCAACAAAAGAGUCCAAAAACGUAAUCUCGUCAAUCAAGGCUGCUCCGGUUACUCUGUGGGAAGGCAAGUGCCCGGCGUCAACCACAAGCAAAGAAGUCAUCGAAAUAGCCGCGCCCAGCCGUUCAGCCGUCAACGCGUGGAAAGCCCUCCUGUCUACAAACUAA